GCCGCCCGCGACCCCUGCGACUCUCCGGAGCCCCCGCCCGCCCCGAGGAGCCGCCGUCCGCCGCCCCUCGGCCCCUACCCGCAGCGCCAUGGCCUCGGGAUCCGACUCUAAGGCCGAUGACUUAUCGACUGCUAUUCUGAAGCAGAAGAACAGGCCCAAUCGGCUAAUUGUUGACGAAGCCAUCAAUGAAGACAACAGUGUUGUGUCACUGUCCCAGGCAAAGAUGGAUGAACUGCAGCUGUUCAGAGGAGACACUGUCCUGCUGAAAGGAAAGAAGAGGAGAGAAGCAGUCUGCAUUGUUCUGUCAGAUGAUACCUGCUCAGAUGAGAAGAUUCGCAUGAAUAGGGUUGUUCGCAACAACCUGAGAGUGCGCCUGGGCGAUGUGAUCAGCAUCCAGCCUUGCCCAGAUGUGAAAUAUGGCAAACGUAUCCAUGUGCUGCCAAUUGAUGACACGGUAGAAGGGAUCACAGGGAAUCUCUUUGAGGUCUAUCUCAAGCCUUACUUCUUGGAAGCUUACAGACCUAUUAGGAAAGGUGACAUCUUCUUGGUGCGUGGAGGGAUGCGUGCAGUGGAGUUCAAAGUGGUGGAGACAGACCCAAGCCCGUACUGCAUAGUGGCUCCAGACACAGUGAUCCAUUGUGAGGGAGAGCCCAUCAAAAGAGAGGAUGAAGAGGAGUCACUGAAUGAAGUGGGUUAUGAUGACAUUGGUGGCUGCCGGAAGCAGCUGGCUCAAAUCAAAGAGAUGGUGGAACUUCCCCUCCGACACCCUGCUCUCUUCAAGGCCAUAGGGGUGAAGCCUCCACGUGGGAUCCUGCUGUAUGGUCCUCCUGGCACUGGUAAAACACUGAUUGCCCGAGCAGUGGCCAAUGAAACCGGGGCUUUCUUCUUCCUGAUCAACGGUCCUGAGAUCAUGAGCAAGCUGGCUGGUGAGUCUGAGAGCAACCUGAGGAAAGCCUUUGAAGAAGCAGAGAAGAAUGCUCCUGCCAUCAUCUUCAUUGAUGAACUGGAUGCCAUUGCUCCUAAGAGAGAAAAGACACACGGGGAGGUGGAACGUCGCAUUGUGUCUCAGCUGCUGACCCUCAUGGACGGGCUGAAGCAGAGGGCACAUGUGAUUGUGAUGGCAGCCACCAACAGACCCAACAGCAUCGACCCAGCGCUCCGGCGAUUUGGUCGUUUUGACAGAGAGGUAGAUAUUGGUAUCCCUGAUGCCACUGGACGCCUGGAGAUCCUGCAGAUCCACACAAAAAAUAUGAAACUGGCUGAUGAUGUAGAUCUGGAACAGGUGGCAAAUGAAACCCAUGGCCAUGUUGGUGCUGAUUUGGCUGCUCUUUGCUCAGAAGCUGCUCUUCAGGCUAUCAGAAAGAAGAUGGAUCUCAUAGACCUAGAAGAUGAAACCAUCGAUGCUGAAGUGAUGAACUCUCUGGCUGUGACUAUGGAUGACUUCAGGUGGGCUCUGAGCCAGAGCAACCCUUCUGCUCUUCGGGAGACUGUGGUAGAGGUGCCACAAGUUACCUGGGAAGAUAUUGGUGGCCUAGAAGAUGUAAAGAGAGAACUUCAGGAGCUUGUACAGUAUCCUGUGGAGCACCCAGAUAAGUUCCUGAAAUUUGGCAUGACCCCAUCUAAAGGGGUUCUGUUCUAUGGGCCACCUGGUUGUGGUAAGACACUGCUGGCCAAAGCCAUUGCCAAUGAAUGCCAGGCAAACUUCAUUUCCAUCAAGGGGCCGGAAUUGCUCACCAUGUGGUUUGGUGAGUCUGAAGCCAACGUGCGCGAGAUCUUUGACAAGGCUCGCCAAGCAGCCCCAUGUGUGCUCUUCUUUGAUGAGCUGGACUCCAUCGCCAAGGCCCGAGGUGGGAAUAUCGGUGAUGGUGGUGGUGCUGCAGAUCGUGUCAUCAACCAGAUCCUGACUGAGAUGGACGGCAUGUCCACCAAGAAAAACGUCUUCAUCAUCGGUGCCACCAACAGGCCAGACAUCAUUGACCCAGCCAUCCUGCGCCCCGGCCGCCUGGAUCAGCUCAUCUACAUACCCCUGCCCGAUGAGAAGUCCCGGGUUGCAAUUCUUAAGGCCAAUCUGAGGAAAUCACCAGUUGCAAAGGACGUUGACCUGGAUUUCCUGGCUAAGAUGACUAAUGGCUUCUCAGGGGCUGACCUGACAGAAAUUUGCCAGCGUGCCUGCAAACUGGCCAUCCGUGAAUCCAUCGAGAGUGAGAUCAGGCGAGAGCGUGAGAGGCAGACCAACCCUUCUGCCAUGGAGGUGGAGGAGGACGAUCCGGUUCCCGAGAUCCGCAGGGAUCACUUUGAGGAGGCCAUGCGCUUUGCUCGCCGCUCUGUCAGUGACAACGACAUCAGGAAAUACGAGAUGUUUGCACAGACCCUACAGCAGAGCCGUGGCUUUGGCAGCUUCAGGUUCCCAUCAGGCAACCAGGGCGGUGCUGGUCCAAGCCAAGGCACGGGAGGUGGCAGCGGGGGCAAUGUGUACAGCGAAGACAAUGACGACGAUCUCUACGGUUAACUCGUUGUCCUCGGUGGACCAAACUCCACAUCAGGCCACGUUGUACAGGGAAAAAUCCAAUGUUCAGUGGACUCUUGGCUUCUUCAUUCCUCAGUCAGAACAGUGUAGCCGCACAUCAGACUUUGUACAGGAAAUGUUUUCUGCAAACACAAAUCCAGAGCGGUGUUCAGUUGGGAGGCAGACAGUGAAUUAACAAGGAGGGGAACUGACUUAAUUUCUGAGAAAUUUCUGUUCUAGUUUAUGUGGCAGAAUCAGCUUUAGCAAGGGUACAACGCUAGCCUGUAUUAAAAAAAAUAAAGCCCCACAAAAAAAUAAUAAAAAAAUUAAUAAAAAUCCCACAAAACCCUAGCAAGGUCCUGGCAGUUCAUUUGUGUGGUGCUGGCACUGUCUAAACCUGUCUCUCUGAUGCUGUGUGAGCACUCCUUGCUCCAGUGGAGCCGGUCUGUGUGCGUGUUCCCCUGCUGUGGACAGGGCUGCUCUUCAUGUUUAGCAGCUCUUAGUUCUGCUAAUGGAAGAAAUGGGGCUGACAGUGUCUCUGCCCUGCCCCGGCUUGGCAGGAAGAGCCUGGCAGCAGGUACUUGCUAUUGUUUUCCAAGGCUGGCCAUGACCUGUCAGGUCUCUUGCUGCUGUGGCUCUGCAGCAAAGGACCUCUUCAC